CUGUAUUCAUUUCCCUCAUUAAUUCUAGAGCAACACUGCAGACUAGGAAGUUUGAUGAAGACAUGAAGAUGGGAUCCCGCACAUUGGUUCUGAUCUUGCUUUUAGGUGCUCUCUGUGUUGCACAGGCACUGAAGUGCAACUACUGCCAGAAGAUUGACAGAGACAAUCCCACCUGUGAUAAGAUAGAGGAGAAAGAGUGCAGCAGUGGUUUUGAUAAGUGUAUUACCAUCAAAAUGCAUCCUCCAGCUUAUGGUGAGGUGCGCAGAUGUGCAAACACUAAUGAGUGUGAUGCUCAGGUGCCUCCUCAGGUUGAGAAGGAGUGCUGCAACACAGACCUCUGCAACUGAUCUGCUCCAUCCACCAAAUGUAUUUUACAGUAUGAUCUGUGAUAAUCUUAUGCUACUUAAAAUGCGCAAACCAUGCAGCAUACUAUCAUUGUUAUUAUUUGACUUUAAUUUAAUAUAUAGGUAAAUGUAAGUAGAGAGUAAUAUAAAGAAAUAAAAUCUGGCCAGCAAAACAAAAAACAAUGAUUCUUUUUUUUUUCUAAAACAUUUGUGUGUGUGUGUGUGUGUACUAUAAGAGCUUUGAAAU